AUGCACUUGAUGUACUCUCUCGGCGCCGACGGCAAGCGCCUCUACACCCUCAAGAAGGCGACGGCUGCUGGUCUCCCUACCCGGUCUGCUCACCCUGCCCGCUUCUCGCCCGACGACAAGUACUCCCGGCACCGCGUGACGAUCAAGAAGCGCUUCGGAAUCCUCCUCACGCAGAAGCCCGCCAAGGCUCUCUGA